UGGACACAGUCACGAGAUAAUACAUUUGCGAAAAACGGAAUUACAUAUCUCAUUUCAAAUUCAUUUGCGGAGGACACAACAAUGUUUAGUUCUUCUUCUUCUUCUUCGAUGUUGCCGAGGUACUAUGUUGUUCCUGAUUCUCACUUUGUUCCAAAAAAGUUUCAAUCUUUUCAAUUUCUUAAAAACACCCAUUUCAAUUUCAUUCCUUAUUCUUCUUCAAAAAUAAAUUUGAUUCCUUAUUCUUCAACUUCAACCACAUUCCAUAGUAAUAAUGAUGUUGAUGAUGCUGUUUCUUUGUUCAAUCGCUUGCUUCGUCAGAAUCCCACUCCACCUGCCUUCGAAUUCAAUAAGAUUUUAGGUUCCCUUGUCAAAUCCAAACAUUACCACACUGUUCUUUCCCUUUCUCAAAAAAUGGAAUUUAGAGGAAUUAAACCUAACUUAUUCAAUUGCAACAUUCUCAUCUAUUGUUUCUGUCAAUUGGGUCUUAUCCCUGCUUUUUCUGUUUUCGCAAAGAUUCUCAAAAUGGGUUAUCAUCCCAAUACCAUAACAUUGAAUACACUCAUCAAGGGUCUCUGUCUCAAAGGUCAGAUCCAUCAAGCAUUUCUCUUUCAUGACAAGCUGGUAGCGCUUGGAUUUCAUUUGGACCAAGUUAGUUAUGGAACCUUGAUCCAUGGCUUAUGUAAGGUAGGAGAAACAAGAGCAGCCCUUGACUUGCUCCAACGAGUUGAUGGUAAAUUGGUUCAGCUUAAUGCGGUAAUGUACAAUACCGUUAUUUAUGGUAUGUGUAAAGAUAAACAUGUUAAUGAUGCUUUUGAUUUAUAUUCUGAAAUGGUUUCUAAGGGAAUUUCUCCCAAUGUUGUUACUUACAGUGCUUUAAUUAGUGGGUUUUUCGUUGUUGGUAAACUGAAAGAUGCAAUUGAUCUGUUUAAUAAAAUAAUAUUGGAAAACAUCAAACCGGAUGGGUAUACUUUUAAUAUAUUGGUUGAUGGAUUUUGUAAGGACAGAAAGAUGAAAGAAGGUAAAACUGUGUUUGCUAUGAUGAUGAAACAAGGCAUCAUACCUGAUGUUGUUACUUAUAACUCUUUAAUGGAUGGAUAUUGCCUAGUUAAAGAAGUGAAUACGGCUAAGAGUAUAUUCAACACUAUGGCUCAAGGCGGAGUGAAUCCUGAUAUUCGCAGUUACAAUAUCUUGAUUAAUGGGUUUUGUAAGAUUAAAAAGGUCGAUAAAGCUAUGAAUCUCUUUAAUGAAAUGCAUUGCAAAAACAUUAUUCCUAAUGUGGUGACUUACAAUUCUCUUAUUGAUGGUUUAAGCAAAUCAGGGAGAAUCUCAUAUGCUUUGCAGCUUGUCGAUCAGAUGCAUGAUAGAGGUGUACCACCUAAUAUACUUACUUACAAUUCUAUAAUAGAUGCUUUAUUCAAAACCCAUCAAGUUGACAAAGCAAUUGCAUUGAUAACGAAAUUUAAAGACCAGGGUAUUCAACCAAGCAUGUACACAUACACUAUUCUUAUCAAAGGACUGUGCCAAAGUGGAAAACUGGAGGAUGCACGUAAAGUUUUUGAAGAUCUUUUGGUCAAAGGCUACAAUCUUGAUGUCUAUGCAUAUACCAUUAUGAUCCAAGGGUUUUGUGUCGAGGGCUUGUUUAAUGAAGCGUUGGCCUUGCUGUCAAAAAUGGAAGACAAUGGCUGCAUUCCAGAUGCUAAAACUUAUGAAAUAAUUAUCCUUUCUCUGUUCAAAAAAGAUGAAAAUGAUAUGGCAGAGAAACUUCUUCGUGAAAUGAUCGCGAGAGGUCUACCGUAAAACUGAAACUAUGUUCAGCUCGUCUCAUGAAACAUGUAUGGAGCUUGGCAUAAAGCAAUGUCAAACAAAGGGAGUGGCUACUGGAAGUUUAGGGUUGCUAUAUUCUAGGUGGACAUUCCAAUCUUGGGUUGGGAGUUUUCUGGUCAGGACCAACGGAGAAAAGGGUGGCCAAGUGUUUUGUGCUGAAAUAUGUAUUAUUUGGAGAGGAUUGUCUCUGAUGAGUGCACCACUAAAUCUAGCUUCAUUUUAGAGGCAUAACUAGACGCUACUCGAAUUUUCAAGAUUAUUGACAGAAAGCAUAUGUUGACUUUAGUUACCCUUCACGGCCAGAUACAGUGAUUCUCCAGGGACUCAAUCUUAAAGUUCAGGCAUGUAAAACAGUAGGACUAGUUGGACGAAGUGGUUCUGAAAAAUCUAAGAUGAACUACCAUCAUCUAUGGAGAAUGCGGUAAACCGGAAUCUUUUUAAGGGAUUUGAGGUUAAGAGGGGAGGUUCGGUGAUUUCCCACCUUCAAUAUGCGGAUGAUACAUUGUGUAUUGGAAAAGCUUCUAUUGAGAAUCUUUGGACCCUUAAGGCUUUGUUAUGGGGGUUUGAGAUGGUGUCGGGCCUAAAGGUUAAUUUCCAUAAAAGUUGUCUAAUGGGUGUGAAUGUUUCGGCGGAGUUUUUGGGGAUGGCGUCAUCUUUUCUCAAUUGUAAGGUGGGUUCUCUUCCUUUUAUGUACUUGGGCCUACCGGUGGGUGGAAAAUGUCUACUUGGGAGCCGGUGUUGGAGCGGAUUAAAGAUAAACUUAAUUCUUGGGGGAAUAGAUAUAUUAGUUUAGGAGGGCGUAUUGUCCUCUUAAAUUCGGUGUUAAAUUCGAUACCUAUUUUUUAUCUUUCCUUUUUGAAGAUGCCGGUUAAGGUGAUUAACAAGGUGGAGGGUAUUCAAAGGAGGUUUCUUUGGGGUGGUAUUGGGGGUCAUAAGAAGAUUUGUUGGGUGAAGUGGUCGAAAGUUUGUCAACCUAGAAGUCAUGGGGGUCUUGGGGUGAGAGAUAUUAAAUUGGUCAAUAUUAGUCUCCUAGCCAAAUGGAAAUGGAGGCUUAUUGAUGAUAAGCCGGUGUUGGGGAAAGAAGUUUUAGAGGACAAGUAUGGGCCCUAAGGUGAGGUUAAGAAGUAGGUUGGUGGGGGAGGUUUGGCCUUCACAUGCUUUGAGAUGGUGGAAAAACUUAAUGGGGGUGGAGGAGUUUCAAGGGGUUAGGUGGUUUAAUAAGGAGUUGAUUAGAACGGUGGGUGAUGGGGUGAAUACAUUUUUUUGGAAAGAUCCGUGGGUGUCUAAUGUGCCUUUAAUGGUAGCUUUCCCGCGUCUUUUUUCUUUAUCCACCGCUCACGACGGGAGGGUGGAUGAGUUUUAUGUUACGAACCCGGCGGGGGGAAGAUGGACUUUGGGUUGGAGGCGUGAGUUGUUUGAAUGGGAAAAUGAUCUCCUUACUUCUCUUUUGAUGCGGUUGGAGGGGGUGGCUAGAGGGGUUGGUGUGGAUUCCUGGGUUUGGAAACCGGACAAGGCCGGGAUGUUCACCGUUAAGUCUUGCUUUCUAUUACUCCAAAAUCUAUGUCUAUUGAAUGGAGUUUUGAAUCGUGAGGAGGAGGUUAUUUUCCGGGAGAAUUGGAGGGGGAAGGCACCCGGAAAGGUGCUGGCUUUCUCGUGGACUUUGUUGCUUGAUAGAAUCCCGCCAAAGGUGAACCUUGAUAAGCGUAGGCUCAUGGAGACGGAUGAGUCAAGGCGGUGUGUUUUUUGUGAUGGUGAAGACGAAUUGACGGUUCACCUUUUCCUCCAUUGUGACAUAGUAUCGAAAGUUUGGAGGGAGGUGAUGCGUUGGUUGAAUUUCAAUUUUAUCAUUCUACCGAAUUUGUUCAUUCACACCUUUUGCAGGACUAGAGAGGUGCGAUCCAAACUUCUUAGAAAAGGGGUGUGGUUGAUUUGGCAUGCGGUGGUUUGGCCGUUUGGGUGGUGUGGAAGUCUAGAAAUAAUCGGAUCUUUAAUAACAUUAGUAUUGGGGUGGAAGAGAUGGUGGACCAAGUUAAGGUAUUAUCAUGGAAUUGGAGUUCGGCUAGAUUGAAAAUUGCGACAUGUUUGUUCUACGAAUGGUGUUGGAAUCCCCGUUACUGUCUUGGGGGCUGAUCCGGUGGGAUGGUGUAAUGGCUUUUUGUCCGAGCUAUUGCAUACUGGUUGCUGGGUGCUGUUUGUUCCGCUGUAGCCUUCUCUUUCUUGCUGCGAGCCUGCUGUAUGGAGCAGUUGUUCAGUUGGCCUGUGUGUUUGUUUUGCUGUGGGGAGCAAGGGUGGAGUGCUGUGUGUGGCUGCUGUAGCAGGGUUCCUGGUGUGUUUUUGCGGUUCAGUUGCAGCUGCUGCUGUUGGUGUUUUAUCUGUUUUAUGGUCCUGUUUCUGUUGUUGUAAUAGGACUAUAGGGUUUUUUUUAUUGAGUUGUUGUCGGGUGGAGAGGGGCUGUCCAUUUUAAGGCCCUCUUUCUUGUACUCUUUUUCCUCCUUCGCAGGUUUGUACUCCUUGUGCUAGCCAUGUUUUAAAAAAAUAAACCAUCAUCUAUUAUCACUGCCACCACUUGUCUUCAUGUUUAAAUUUAUGCUUUAAAAUCCACUUCACCAUUCUCCCGAUGUAGUGCAACAUAUUGUGCAUGCGAUGUUAAUGACACUGUUCCUGGAAAUGAUAAUAGGUGGCUUUUAAGUGUCUUUGAGCAUUAGUGCUUCCAUCUUCAAAGUAAGAGCCAAAAUGAAGCGUGUAUUUGGAGCUCCAUUUAAAGGAACACUCGAGUUAUAUUUGAAGGAGAUAUGUCCCCUUUAUUUUGUAUCAUAGAACCUAGCAUCUGUCGAAUUCGACAGUACAUAUGU